AAAAGUUAAAAGUGAUAUAUUUGCAUUUCACCUCAAAUAAAUACCUCCCAUUUUUAAAGAAUUACGGAAAUAGAAAUUGAUCCGGAAAAGGAAACGAAAGCUCGAACGCAAAUAUGGAGGCGGCAAUGGGUUUGAUGCGAAGAAUUCCGCCCAAGCACUCGGAAGCUGCGCUAUCUGCAUUGUUAAGCCUUUUGCCGCACCACUCCGCCGAUCUUCUCUCUCAAGUCGACCAACCUCUUCAGGUUUUAUGUGAUGUUGAUAGUGGGAAGGAGUUCAUAUUGUGCGAGUAUAACAGAGAUGCAGAUUCUUAUAGGUCACCUUGGUCAAACAAAUACCAUCCCCCACUAGACGACGGACUUUAUCCAUCUCGGGAGUUAAGGAAACUUGAGAUGGAAGCAAACGAUGUCUUCACUGUUUAUUGUGACCAGUACUAUGAAGGUGGCACUUCAUCAGUGUAUAUCUGGGAGAAUGAAGAUGAAGGUUUUAUUGGUUGCUUCUUAAUUAAAAAGGAUGGUUCGAGGACUGCAGAUGGUAGAAGAGGUUAUUUAGAAGAAGGGUCUUGGGAAGCAAUCCAUGUCAUUGAGAUGGUUCCUCUAGAGGAGGCAACUGCUCGUUACUGUUUGACUAGCUCUGUGAUGCUUUCGUUGACCACAAAUGAUGAGUCCUCAGGCACCUUCAACUUGUCAGGAUCGAUUAGAAGACAGAUGAAUAUGGAUCUUCCGGUUGCAGAGGGUCAUUUAGCUAAUAUGGGAAGGAUGAUCGAAGAAAUGGAGAGCAAGUUGAGGUACUCAUUGGAUCAGGUAUAUUUUGGGAAGACGAAAGAGAUGGUCUGCACAUUGCGACCACCAUCCGAACCCAUUCAAACGAGACUUCCCGAACAGAUGAACAAGAGACGUCUUUGAAAUAUUGGAACUGCUUUUGUUAUGUUUGUUUCCUGGCAGCGGUGUCGCGUACAAUGUGUUGUCCAUCUUAUUACUCAUACUUGGAUUCAUUUGUUUUGAAAAGAAAUCUUAUUUGCGUGUUGUAAAAGAUAGGCUCCCUUUUCAAGUGUAGUCUGUGUAUGACUGUUGUCUCUCUGAUUUUCUUAUGAAUGCAUUAAACUAUUGUUGGAAUAUAA